AUGAUUUUGAAAUUAAAUAAUCUCGGUGAAUCUACUGCCAAUGAACUACAACAACUUGCGAAUCAGCUGAAUGUUCAAAUCGACAACAUACUAGAUUUCAGAAACAUUAGAGCUCCACUAGGUGAUGGAAACUACAUUAUAUUACUCCGAUUGAAUCCAGGAGUUGGACAUUGGGUUUGUAUGUGCAACAAUGAAUACUUUGAUUCGAUGGGUAUUGGGCCACCGAGAAUUCUUGGCGCUACGAAAUGUAAUGAAAAACAGUACCAAGGGAGCUAUGAUAAUUAUUGCGGUUUAUGGAGUAUGCUGUACCUUUAUAGUAAACAACACAAUCGACCUGAUUUACUCAGAAAUUUUUACGAUUUAAAUACAGAAGUUUCAUUAUCUUAA